GUACAAGGCAUACCCUACGCCACACCACCAUUGGGAGACUUAAGGUUUAGGCGCACAGUUCCCAUAUAUUACAAUGAAUACAAAACAAUAAGCGCCACACAAUUUUCAAACAUUUGCCUCCAAUACGGAAAUGCAAAUGAAAACGAAGAUUGUCUGUACCUAAACAUAUAUACCUCAACAUUGAAUCCCAGUGCAAAUAUGCCCGUGAUGAUUUGGUUAUACGGGGGAGGGUUUACCACUGGGGCCGGCAGUAACUAUGACGGCCAACAGUUGGCCAUAAGAGAUGUUGUUGUGGUCACUCUUAACUACAGGUUAGGUGUGUUUGGUUUUAUGUGCACCGAUAGGCCGGACGCGCCCGGAAAUGCCGGUCUCUGGGAUCAGGCGAUGGCAAUGAAUUGGACGCAACAAUAUAUCACACAUUUUGGCGGUAAUCCCAAUGAUAUUGUGAUGUUUGGUCAGAGCUGUGGCAGUAUGUCUAUAAGCGCUCACAUUUUGUCAAAUGUAUCCCAGGGCAUACAAGUUGGCAAAAAUUUGACGUCACGGCAAGUCGAUGGCCUCAUAGCCAAAAGGUUAGCCAGUUUUGUGGGCUGUAAUAUACACACGGAUUACGUUCAAUGUUUGCGGCAAAUAUCUGGCAAAGAAUUAAUUUUGGCUCAAAACAAGACAUUGCUCUGGAAUAUAGGGAUUGAAAAAACAAUACAAUUAGUUUCCGAUAUCUACCCCUUUUCUGUGUGUUAUGGCGACGAGUUUUUGCCCCAAAGUCCAGUCCAGUUAUUAAAACAGCGUAAUUUCCGGCCCGACCUGCAGGUGCUUAUGGGCCACGAGAUUAUGGACGGGGCCAUUUUUACGCCCAUUUUUAACUAUGUUAUCCCUACGGGCAGUCAAUAUGUGCCGUCCGUACCCUUUGCCUACAUUAACAAACACAUUGCUUACAGUAAUUUACGGACAUUAUUUGCCAACACUCCGUACCCAAAAGUAUUGGCCCAAAAAUAUACGCAAACAUUUAGCAAUUGGUAUAAUAUUAGCCAAACUAAUGAUUUGCGGGCGACUGUAGUUCAGUCCAUAUCCGACUAUCGGUACACCUGUUCGACGGUAUUGUUUGGACAGCUUUUGAAUAAAUACUCAAAUUUUGCGGUUAAUGUACACCAAUAUUAUCUCCAAUACGCCAACAGUCAAUCCCCCUGUUAUAACAGCACGUGGUGUUAUGGGGCUACACAUUAUGAUGAUUUGCCGUUGGUUUUUGGUCAACCCUAUUAUCAAUCAAAUUAUACCGACACCGAUAGAUAUAUGAGCGCUCUUGUGAUGAAUAUAUGGACACAAUUUGCUAAAACAGGAUUUAUUGGAAAUACAUUUUUGUACUGUUCCGGCAGUAAACGGCAAUCAAUGGCUGCCAUACACACCACUAAC